UCCCUCACGGCGGAAUAAAAUGUCUGCGAUACCUUCGAUGCCGUACCGUUUACCCAACCGGGGAGCUGAUAAACCCUAGUCCUCUCCUCUCUUCCCUUUUUCAUUAUCGGGAGAACGAGUCUAGAUCGGGGUUUGACUUCAAAACCAUCUCGAGGUAUUCGAUGAUCGCAUCAUCGGUGGGGGUGAAACUUUGAGCGCUGGCUCUGGCGUCCUCUGCCGUUUCCGUCUUCUUUGCUCUUAGUAAUGGCGCUUCCGAAGGCCGGUCGUGAUGAGGAGAGCGCCGCAUCGGGAGGUGAGGACUCGCCGACGAGCAAGAAGCCGAGGUCGGAUGCGAAGUUUCCGCUUUCGCGGUUUGAACUGGCGGCCGCAAUCGCCGUCUUCCUCACGUUUGUCGUUGGCAUCCUUUCCAUCUUCAGCACAAUGCCCAGGGGAGAGUACGACAAGAUUCUCCGUCUGCCGCGGAGUCUUUCGGAUCUCCGGCUUCUCAAGGAUAAUAUUGCUGUGUACGCGACCGAUUACCAAAUAAAUUUUAUGCUUGGUUACUGCUCCGUGUACAUCUUUAUGCAGACAUUCAUGAUUCCUGGUACCAUAUUCAUGUCCCUUCUGGCCGGAGCUCUUUUUGGAGUCAGCAAAGGUCUCGUUCUCGUGGUUUUUACUGCCACUGCGGGUGCAUCUUCCUGUUAUUUCCUCUCAAAAAUAAUCGGCCGCCCUUUAGUCAGUUGGCUUUGGCCCGAAAAGCUAAGGUUUUUCCAGGCAGAGAUUGCCAAACGCAGGGAAAAGCUUCUCAACUACAUGCUCUUCUUAAGGAUAACUCCAACCUUACCCAACACAUUUAUAAACUUGGCGUCACCCAUAGUCGACAUACCAUUUCACAUAUUCUUUUUUGCAACUCUAGUUGGCCUUAUUCCCGCUUCUUUUAUCACUGUUAGAGCAGGCCUUGCUCUAGGGGACCUAAAGUCUCUGGGAGAUCUGUAUGACUUAAAAACCUUGGUGGUUCUCUUCUUGAUUGGUUCUGUUGCAAUAUUUCCAAGUAUUCUGAAGAGGAAGCGUACAUACGAAUGAACCUUAACAGGUACACAUCAGGAAUAAGAAUGGAGCAUUAAGGAUUAUAAUAUACAGGCUUUUGCUUCUUAACGGCUAAGCAAAAGAUAGGGCGAGCACACAGUUAGGGUUUCUUCUUUUUGUUUAACCAGAUGCUGAUAUAUAAUAUAUAGAGUUGGUGCUCUUUUGGCAGCCAAUGAUUAGUGGAAAGAAGAGGCGGUGUUGCGAAGAAAGUUUACACUAUUUCGACCAAUCAUUGGCUGCCAUGUGAGCCAGUGGUGGUAGGUAUUUGGGUGUGACAGCUUCCUUUUAUAUUGCUUCACCGCUUAAGUAGAAGUUUUAGGAGGUGGAGUGUAUUUUUAAUGUGAUGUUUGGUAUUUGGCGGGAUUCUUUAUGCCAUAAUGUUGAUUAUGUCUUUUAUUAGAAGAUUUACAAUGCA